GUGGUCUCGUGACUUCUCAGCCCGACCUAGAUUCCAGACCAUUCAAAGAGCUAGCUACUACCACCCGGUCGACCGCCUACCCUGCGAAAACACGAAGUGAAUAGAUCACCCUGGGCAACCUAGGGGCUAAGGGGGAAACUCUUCGCAGUAGUCAGAAGUGACAUCUCGAGCAUGCUUUUCCACAUCUCGGCUUUCAGUAUCAUCAUCGCGCUCAUUUUCGUCAUCGUCUACAAACGAGCCCGCAUCAUCCCCUUCCUCGCACCCUACCUCCCGUCCAGGAUGUCAACCUACCUCUCCGGCUACCAACCCUUACAAUCUUAUUCGUUCGCCGACCAAGCAGCUGCGGGGAUGUCUAGUUCUUCAUUCGACGUCGAGUCGCAGAACAUGGCUAGCGGGUCGGGUGAGGGGCGGGUAGGGCUGGAUAGUGAGGGCGUGGAGGAGGUUAGGAGGAUCAUGGCCAUCAACAGAUGUACGUUCGACCAGGCCCGCUUGAUCCGUCAUAACCAGAUCCUCGCGGCGAACGGGAUCGCUCCGGACGGCACUCCUCUGGAUUCGAAAGCUAUUACCCGACUCUAGAUUCCCCAUCCAUCACAAUCAUAUCACAUCCCCCAUAUCGAAAUGGCCUUGAACUCGGACGACCGGCAACUCCCCCACUACUCAGUACCCAAGCCGAGCCCUCGAUCGAGCUCACCAGCACAGCCCCGACUCGAGCUUGAAGUGUGGCUCGAACCCGGAACGUUAUACUCGUUAUCGACUCAUCAAGAUCGAACCCGACCUUCACAUAUCGACCUCCACCUCACCCGUACAGCCCCUGUUCCCGAUUCUCGACUUGACACCCGACUAGACCACUUGUAUCUCAUCUCACUUUCAUCAACCUCAUUUGGUUCUUGUACGAUCACCUUUUUCUGGAUUCAGUAAUGGAUAUAAUAUGGUUCAAUUAGCACGACU